AUGUGCUUUAGAUGGCCAGUCGAGGGCUUGAUCCCAUUGACUACAAAUCUUGAGUCGCUCGAGCUUACCUUCACAUUCCUGAACGAACGGGAAUUAGCUCAUAUUCUCAAGGCUUGUCCAAGACUGCGUACGCUUAGAUACGAUCUUUGGACGACUUCUGAAGACAUUGAGUCACGAGAAGGGGGACGUGUCGAUCUUCCGGCACUCCAACAGGCACUAUUGCCUGUCAAAUCGACUCUCGAGACCCUACACUUACAUCUUGGAAAAUUCCGGUGGGCUUCGGGAUCCUGGAAUCACGAUUGGGACAACGUAGUCGGUCAGCUGACCUUCCAUGACUAUCCAAGGCUGAGAAGGAUGCAUGUACCCAUAAGAGUUCUGAUAGACACUCGCGGGUGGGAAAUGGAUGAGUCUUGGGAGAUGAGGCUCAAUUCAAUUGCGAUGGUGAACCUGGGAGUCGUACUGCCCAAGACUCUGAUGUGUCUCUGGAUCAACCUUGACGGCUUUGACUUCCCAGCGGAGGAUUGUCCAGGAACUCCACCGCUACUUGAUGAGGAAGGUCUUGUCCGAGUCAUAUCUGCAUUUCUGCAUGACCGACUUGCAUAUACGCCCGUGCUCAAGACGCUAAAGCUUCUGGUCUCUCAAGUCCCCUCUGUUGUUUGGGAUCAAUGGAACCCCGAUGUGAUAUCCAAUGCCUUAGUAGCUCAGGGCACUGAGACAGGUAUGGAUGUGUCUGUCGAUACGGUCUUAUAUCGUUGCACUUCAACCAUCCCUUUCUAUAUCUCUAGGCAACUGCCACCUUACUUUGACCAAGAUACUGUCGACAACAACCGUAUGCUCCUGAGAGGGGCAAACAGGUUCGAUGAAGGGAGUUAUGAUCCAAACACCAUCUCGGUACUUUAUUGA